AUGACGAAAGGAGAAAAAGGGGAGGAAGAAGAUAUAAUGAUGAUGCAGGCAUACCAACGCACAAACACUACCUUCACCUUCUCCCCUCCAUUUCCUUCUUCCUCUUCCUCGUCUUUUUCCACCGCUCCGCCCACUCCCACCCUCAAACCCAUCUCCCCCAUCUACCCCAUUGAACAACCAGACACUGGCACUCAACAACAACAACAACCCUCGCAAUCCCUCCCCGCCACCACCAAUAAUGACCCCGACGCCAACCCCGACGCCAACCCCCUCUUCUCCCCAACCGAAGGUCCCACCCUAACAGCCAUAAUCGACACUGUCCUCGUUCUUAUCCUAAUCACCUUCAUCACCAGGGUUUCGAGGGUAGAAGGGUAG